AUGCCACCGCAUGCGGGUCCUGUCGACGCAACUCCCUUCCGUCGUUUCCCCACUUCCGCAAUUUUCCCCCUUUCCGACAUUUCCCCCCUUUCCGCCAUUUCACCACCUUCCGCCAUUUCCCCCCUUUCCGCCAUUUCCCCCCCUUCCACCAUUUCCCCCUCUUCCCCAUUUCCCCCUCUCCCCCUCUUUUUCCCUCCCCCCCUCUUUCCCCGCAUCUCUCCCCCACCUCCAGCGUUCCGCCUGGAGCUCCCGACGUUCCGCCUGGGUCUGCCGAGCCUCUUCGCGUACCACCGCAAGCCGCUCGUGUCGAAGCAGGGAACGAGCUUCGCGACUGCCGCGGCUGGCGCGCGAAACUGGGUGUACGCGGGGAAGACUCGUAGCUUGCAGACCCAGAUAGCGUACAUGCAGGAGUACAAGGACAAGCGCCAGAACAACCCGCAAGUGAUGCUGGACCAAUCACUGAUUAUGAUCAGCGCGGGAACCAACGACUACGUGUUGGCGCUUCUCGGGCAGUCGGGCGGGCAGAGCGUGGAGCAGGUGUUGUCUGCUACGACAGGGGCGAUAGUCAAAGCAGUGCAGGACCUCAACGCCAUGACCAAGACCACCAAGAUCGUGGUGUUCGACGUGCCCCCUCUCGGGUGCAUCCCAGCCGUGCGUUACUUCGAGAAGACCCCCGCGGGGCAGUGUGACGCGGCAGCGAAUAAGUUAGCCGACCAGCACAACACGGGGGUGCGGGUGAAACUGGAGAAGCUGAGGCAGCAGGGGGUGACCAACCUCAUCCUGUUCAAACAGAGCACCGUGUAUCGAGUCAAGGGCACCGCUGCAGGUGGUUUCAUUGACCAAACGUCAGUUUGCUGCGAAGGUAAAACACCCAGCGGAAAGCUGAUAGCAUGCGGGCAGACGGUGAAAGAGGGCGGCAAGAGCUACAGUGCAACCGCGUGCAAGGACCCGACUAAGUAUGUGUGGUGGGACUGGUACAAUCCCACUGAGGCGUUUAACGAAGUGCUGUCGGGGAUUUUGUGGCACAGCAACAGUGUUUCAUAUGUGUCUCCGUUCGGACUUAAGGCAAUUGUUGACAAGUAG